AUGGAAUUAAAUAGUGAUUCAGAUCUAACGUUUUUCAAUGAUUCUGAUGAUGAUUUUCUCAAUGAUGGUAUAUUCUCGGAGUUUACAUCUAAACGCAUUACAAAGUCCUCUGGUUUCCACAAGUCAUCAUCUGAAGAACUUUGCUUUCAUAAAUCCCCAUUGAAAGGCACUCAUUCAACGAAAAAAAGCAUUCUUUAUUCAAGUAAAGGAACAUCCAGACAUCGUAAACUCCCUGGUCCAGCAGGUUUACUUCCAAAGCUUCAUGAACAUGGUAAUCGUCAGCGUCCUAUGAUUGGGUCAAAAUCACCCAAAAAGAAGAAAGAUGAUACUGUAUCUAGUUUGAAUGAAAGCUGUCUAUCACCAUCGUUAUCUCAGAACCAAUCAUCUUCAAGUCAAAGUGAAGAAGCUGCUUUGUUAAACAGACUACAGUCAGAAUGUGGUUCAACCAUAUGGUCGGUUGUCGAAAAAUAUUCCGUCAGAGAAAUUUUAAAAAUGAUCACUUCUAAUCAACUACCGAAAGGUAAAAUCCCAAUAAUGUGCGGUUUUCUUGAUGAAGUUGAACUAAUGCCUACGGACGCAAAAGCAUUGUUAAAAGACAACUCAGGAGUUUUGGCUUGUACAAUCCACCGUUCAGUGAUAAAGGAAUAUAAAAACGACUUGGGUUGUUGUUCCCUACUUCUGUUGAAACAGGUUACUAUUUUCAGUCCAACUGGCAAAAAGUUUUAUGCCAAUAUAACUCUUCCAAAUAUUGUAAAAAUAUAUACCCCCGAAAAUACCAUUAUUACUUCAGCAUCUGGUCACCAUACAACAACACCUCUUUCUUCUCCAUUAUCUCUUCGAGAAGUGGAAGCUUUAGAGGAAGAUUGUUUAAGAGCUCUUUCACCACCUUCAACUCCAAUACCACAAACAAUUUCGAUAUCUCCCAUCUUAAAACCUACCUCUUAUCGGAUACAACCACAAAUCAAACAAUCUUCAUCUGGUUUAAAAUCAGAAUUAUCAACUACAAAAAGUUUUACGUUACAAUUACGUCCGAGUAGUUUAGGUUCUUUAUUAAAGUCUAAUUCAAUCCCAGUCAAUAAUAAAGUCAAAUCAUCAAUUUGUGAUAAUAAUAAUAAUCAUAAAAACUUACAGAAAAAAGAUUAUCAACAAAAUAUAAACUCAACAACUAAUGUUACUUCUACGACUACUACUAUUACUACCACCCUACCUGAUUCAUUCACAAUGAAAGAUGAUCUUUUAGAAGAUGACAUGGAUGAUUUAUUAUCUAGUAUAGCUGAUGAAAUUCCUUAG